AUGAAGUUCAGCAUCUUCGCCCUCACUGGUCUCGCGGCCCUUGCCGCUGCUCAGGAAAGCACCGGUUCCUCUCCUACGGCGACUGCCUCCCUGUCGCCUGAGGCUUCUUGCGCUGCCAACUGUUCCCCAAGUGACGUCUGCUGCAAGGCGAAAUGCUUCAAGGUGCCAUGCCCUAACGCUGCUAUGGCCAACGACACCACGGCCUGCGCGGCCAGAUGCCCUCAGGGCAGUGGCACUCCUGCCGACACCGAAGCCUAUGCCAAAUGCGAGCAGUCUUGCUACAGCUCCCUCUUCUUCCCUGCGACUGCUGCCAGCGCUGCUGCUGCUGCUACUGGCUCUUCUGGUUCGGAUGUCACCACUCUCACUGGCAGCGGCUCCAGCGCUACUGCUACCUCGGGAUCCGGCUCUAGCGGCUCUAGCUCUGGCUCUGGAUCUGGCUCCUCGUCUGGCUCUUCUAGCAGCAGCGCAAGCGUCCCGAAGAGCACCGGUGCGGCCAGCCAGCUCAGCAUCGAACUGGGCGCCUCUGCUGCCGGUCUUCUCGGUGUCGUUGUGGCCGCCUUUGCUCUCUUCUCUCUUCAUGUGUCAACUGCCACUGUCCUUUUUUAUUUUCUUCUCUUUGGCUGUAUUUCAUACGUUAUGUCAUGCUUCGCUAGACUGUUCGACUAUUAUCUUCUACCUACCUAUACCUAUCCUACUUUAGGCUUUUGUAUUACUAACUCCGGAAACACUGAGAAGAAUAAUGAUGAACCCUAUCUAACUACCCAAACAAGUAACUCUAUACAGACAUUCAUUCUUAUUGCCAACUAUAGUAGUAACAUCAAGAACAAAGCAAGCGAACAACAAGAAGAAACAUUGCCAUCAUAUCCUACUUCUACUACUACUGCUGCUGCCGCUGCUACUACUAUUACCACCACCGCCGCCGCCGCCGCCGAUAACAUUAUUACUGCCAAUACCGUAUCAAUAUCUCGUUCGUCCAUGUCGGCGGAAUCCGGGGGAUCCAAUGCUGUGCCCAAAAAAGAGGCACAGACUGGUGACUCGGGGAAGUUCUCGUUCUCUGGGAUUUCUGAGGGGGAGUUCUCAUGUGGUUGGCUAGUUAACUAUGCUGUCCUGGAGAUGACGUUAUUAGGAACUGCACACGUGCUGCACAACAAUCCUGGAAAUCCUCUCUCUGGGAACAUCACACAUAACUACAAAGAAACAAAAAUGACACCCCAAAAAGAUAAUGAUACCCAACACCUCAUCGAAGCCGCAACGGCCUACAUGACGGAACGCAUGUCCGGCUACGACCCAUCCCACAACCCCGCGCACGUCCACCGCGUCGUCUCCCUCGCCCACCGCAUCCUGGAGGCCGAAAAGACGCGGCAUCCAGAGCAGGUCUAUGAUCGCACGGUCAUCACGCUGGCCGCUCUGCUGCACGACAUCGGUGACCGGAAGUACCUGCCCCCGGAGAACAGCACCACCGGUGCGAUCAUCGACCCGAAGACGAUCGUCCACGACGUGCUCGUGUCCAAGGGCGCGGACCCUGCGCUCGCAGAACGCGUCCAGACGAUCGUCUCCAACGUCUCGUACUCGAACGAGAUCAAGGACCCGGAGAAGGUCCGGAAGCUCAUCUUCGAGGACGGAUAUCGGGAGCUGGCGGUCGUGCAGGAUGCGGACCGGCUGGAUGCGCUCGGAGCGGUGGGCAUCGGACGGUGUUUCACUUUUCUCGGAGCGCAGGGCAACAAGAGACGGGGCAGUGAUCCGCACCGGUGGGAGAUGGACCAGGCGAUCGAGCAUUUCGGUGACAAGCUGGAGAAGCUGGAGGACAUGAUGAAGACAGACACGGCGAGGGAGAUGGCAAGAGAACGGACGCGGAGGCUGAGGGAGUUCAAGAGUUGGUGGGAAGAAGAGACGGGCGUUACUGCAACUAACCCCUGA